ACACAACCGUCUGCGUAGUCAAGAAUCCUCAAGAAUAGUAGCUCGUACUACGGACUACAGUUGCAUUCUACAUCGGAUCUGCCAGCUGCAACAUCGUGCAUAAACGCAUCUAUAUUCUACAUCCUCUAGACCAUAGUCACGAACACCACAAUGCUUCGUCUGUCGCCCACUCGCAUUUUCCUGGGAGAAGAAGAUCUCCAUUACCAUCUGAAAAGAGUGUAUUUGCGUCAGACACUAUACUCGACGGGAUACAACACGGACCAAACGGGCAGCGAUGAAGAUGAAGAUGAGUAUGAGGAUGACGAUGAGGACGAGGACGAUGAAGACGACGAGACCUCCAUCGGUUCUCAGUCCUUCUCUCCAUAUGCUCUUUCCCACUACAAGACGUCCUACUCAGAUGGCUCGAGUGAGUCGGAUAGUUGGCCGUUGCAAGAACGAUGGCAGAGUAAUUGGAGAACGAAUGCCGCCGGUCUCUCGACGUUUGCCAAAACAGUCACACGGGGCACGUCGCUGGCCUCGCGCAUUGACCUGGAGCCCUCUGGUCAUGCUUUGGUGAAUGUCCCAGAUGUCAAAGGCCCUAUCAUUCAACGUGCCGGCAAUCAACCACGGACCGCGUGCUAUACUGGGUCGCGCCGUCAUUCACCGGACACAGACACGCUAACUUCCACCAGCUUGCAAUCUGAUCCCCAAGUUUUGGGGGAAAUCUCACUCAACACGACUGGUGAAAGACCAAGGAGGGGUUUCAAGCUUCCCAAACCCCAUCCCACCGUGCACUUGUCCCUACCUUUUCUUCAAAAGCUGGGAGGUUCCACUUACUUCAUUCUUUACCUCCCCUCUACAACCCUCAGUCUGAUUUUGCCUCCUCCUCAACAACAAUGGGGUAUUAGAAACUCACCUGUCCAUAUCAAACGAAAUACUAACCUUCUUGUCACAGCCACUAAACCGAGCCAACAGAGAAAGAUCCUCCACACAGACCUGAGCACCGUACCCUAUCCAUCCGCGCGCUCUGUGAUCCUUAACCCACUGGUCAGGAUUCUCGCCCAAGGCCUCCACAAGAUACAGAUAGUCGAGACAAUCGGAAUGGAUCGUGCGAUGCCAAGGAACGCAGCCGCAUGGAGGAGAGGGGCUCGAACCCGCAAUCCUUCAUGGCAAUCCUUCGUGAAUGAACCUCUGUUCCACAGGAGAGCUGCCGAUCAUGAUCCACAAUCGAGCUCUGCAGUCCCGGCCAGAGACUCGCCACAUCGGUACGAACCAACCGCGACCAGAGAAGAUCCAGGCCGUCCGGUUGUUGAGGUAAGAACCGAUGCUGACAACCAGCUAACGAGUCAAUAUGCUGACAAUCCGAAGCAAGUGAGGAAUGACGGUGCCAGCGAAGAGAGGGCCAGAGUGCAUAACGUCGUGUCCAUCAGUUCACUGACUCCUGCGACCCAUUCUGCCGAUACACAACCUCUGCAAGGAGCCAGUGUAUUUGAUGAAGAUGCCAACUGCAUCCGUGGUUUCCCGCGGACUUUGAAUGUGCCGGUAGGUGUACCCUGCGGCCAUGAUCCUUUCAUUCUACCAGUGCUAAGUGUUAUUGUUCGCCAUGGUUGUAGAAUUAUGCAGUCAUCGGUACCUUAGAGCCCACUUAUCUCAUCUAUGAUUGGGGUACGCAUCGCCAUACUGCUUUUGAAAGGCCUCUUGAGUACCCCACGGUGAUGCAUCCUCCACUGCAGUUGGGUCCUCCGACAUCUUUCCCUGUCGCAGUAUCUUUAGCCGACGAAUCCCAUCAUGCUUUU